AUGGCGGAAGUCCCCGCAGCCGAAGUUCCCCAGGCCGAGAAGGAUGAGCUCUUCUGCGCCUAUGCCGCCAUGAUCCUGAAGGACAGCGAGCUUGACAUCACGGAGGAGAACCUCAACACGUUGAUCAAGGCCGCUGGUGGCUCCAUCGAUUCCUUCUUCCCAGCCCUGUUCGCGAAGCUGUGCCAAGGCAAGGAUCUGGACAGCAUGCUGAAGUUCGGUGGCGGUGGCGGCGGCGGUGUCGCAGUGGCUGGCGGAGGCGCUGCGGAUGCCGGUGCAGGUGGUGGCGAGGCCAAGAAGGAGGAGAAGAAGGUCGAGGAGGAGGAAGAGGAGGAGGAGAUGGACUUCGACCUCUUCGGCUGA